AUGGCACCCUGGAUACGAGGCGCCCUGCUAAGCCUCGCACCUCCAGAGCUCUUGGGUGUUACCUCUGGCCGGAGCCACUUACUGGUGCCUGUGUCCCAGGACUUGUCGAUCGACUUGUUGGAGGCUGGGCUUUCUGAACAAGAGCGUUUUGUGGAUGCUGCUUUGGAUGCACCGGUGGACUUGCCCGUGGCAGCCGCCGCCAGUGAUCCUUACGGUGUGGUCUUGUGGCCUGCUGCCCAAGUGGUCGCUGCUGUCCUGGUGGCGCUGCUGUUGAAGGACUCCUCUCGCCGCCACGUCCUCGAGCUUGGUUCCGGCACCGGGCUUUGUGCCCUCUCAGCCGCCGGCCUGCAGCCAACGGUGCCCCCGGGCGGAACGGUGGCCGUGCUGGCCACGGACUACCGGGAGGAACCGCUGGAACUGUUGCGGCAGGCGGUGCCGUUGAACGAACAGCGGCUGGGACAGCCCUUGGAGAUCGCCACGCGCUGUUUGGAUUUCACCUGUGAGCCCUUGCCUCACACGGACGUCCUGGUGGCCGCCGGCCUGCUGUACCUUCGCUCUACCUCCGAAGCACUGGCUGCAGGAUGCCUCUCCGCGCUCCAACAUGGGGCCCAUGUCUUGGUGGGAGACACCCAGCGCCCGGGGCGGCCCUUCUUCCUUCGUGCGCUGGCGCAUGCGCUCGGGAAAGCGGUGCACUUCGAGACGGUGGAGGGAUGGAGCUUAGCGCUGCCGAGGAAAACGGAGCCGCGACCCGGUCGGUGCAGAAGCUUUGAGGGCUUCUUGGAGAGGAAAGGAAACACCGUCGCCGUUCCGGUCGCCUUGUUGGGCACAGCUGGGCCGCCGCCGCUCGGAGAGGAAGAGUCAGAAGGGGGUGCUGCAGCCGCAGCGUUGUUGGCUCCAGUUGUGCGGCCGCAGGCGGUCCACGCGGUCGCCUCGGCGGGCGAGAUUCCUUGGGGGGAGCCGAAGCGCGCGAAGACCUCCUUGGCGCUCCUGGCCGAUGAGUUCACCCGCGCCUUUCAGCGCACGCAGUGGGGCGUCAACGGCCGCGUGGAGCCGAAGUUCUUCGAUGACAACUUCGUGUUCCGCGACCCAGACGUGACCACCAAUGGCAUUCAAGCGUAUUCCAAAGGCACCGGAGCGGUGCUCUCCAACUGCCAGGCGGAUGCCAUUGACGUGCAGCUCUUCGAGCCAGAUCGCUUCGCCAUCCGCUGGCGCAUCGCGGGGACGGCCAACGUGCCCUUUCCCGGGCUGAGGAUUAAGCCCUACAUUGUCACCAGCACCUUCACGGUGAACUCGCAGGGCCUCGUGGACUCGGAGACUGAUAGUUUCUCGAUCCCCACCUGGGAUCUGCUGCUCUCCGCCGUGGCUCCCUGGCUGCCCGGCCUGGCGCCGCCGGAGCCGCCGGUGCAGUCGCCCUAUGCCUAG